CUCGAUGAAGCUGUCAAGUGUCAAUGUCAAAAUUAACACGCUCGUCCGCUGCGUUCGCAUGACAUUCGCCGACGCAUGGCGUUUUGAGGUUAGCUUCAUUUUGUUUCGUGUUUAUUAGUGAAAAUGUCGUUCCGUGGUAGAGGUGGUGGCGGUGGCGGACGCGGCUUCGGCGGCCGAGGCGGUGGUGGCGGCGGCGGAUUCCGGGGAGGCCGAGGCGGCUUCGGCGGAGGCAGAGGACGCGGCGGCGGCGGAGGAGGUUUCAGACAGCAAGAUAUGGGCCCCCCUGAAAGCGUGACGCCUUUGGGGCACUACGGCUGGACAGUGCAGGACGACCUGGUCUGCAAAGUCGACAUUGAGGACGUACCUUACUUCAACGCGCCAAUUUAUCUAGAAAGCAAAGAACAAAUCGGCAAAAUUGACGAGAUCUUUGGCAAUCUGCGAGACUACUACGUUUCAGUUAAGCUAGGUGAAAAUAUAAAAGCGAAGAGUUUUAAGGAUGGACAGCAGUUUUAUAUUGAUCCGGCGAAAUUGUUGCCGUUGAAGAGGUUUCUUCCGCAGCCGCCUGGUGCGAAGCGCGGCGGCCGAGGGGGUAGGGGCGGCGGUGGAAGAGGUGGGAGUGGUUUUGGGGGCAGAGGUGGUCGAGGCGGAGGGUUUGGCGACCGAGGAGGCGGCGGCCGCGGCGGUUUCGGCGGCCGAGGCGGUGGCGGCGGUUUCGGUGGCCGAGGUGGUGGCGGCGGCUUCGGAGGCGGUGGACGAGGCGGAAGCUUCGGGCGUGGCGGCGGCGGCCGCGGAGGUGGCUUCAGGGGCGGCCGGCGGUAGUAUGUCUACCUAUGGCAGUGGCAGUGUGACUAUAUUGACUGUGAGAGUGAGCUGUUGGCCCUCGCCACAAGGGCAAGAUGGAGCACUUUCUAUGAUUGUGUUUUUAGUUGUUUUAUCAGUUUGUUACAAACAAAUCUUGUAUGUUUAAAAAAAUGUCUAUGAGAAGUAUAAAUACAGCCUCUAAUUUAGUUUAAGGACAGUUAACCUCCAAUUUGGACAACUUAACCUUGUAAGAUACAAGGCAAUUUUUGUUUUCUUUUAUUUGUAUUAGAGUUCAAAGCUAAGUGACGAGUUAGGUCAUAAUGUCAUCUCUUUCACUCUUGGUUGGUCUUAACCAGGGUAAAGGAGAUUGCAUUAUGAUCUCAGUCAUCAGUUGGUGUUUGCGGAAAGUAUAAAUUUAAGACAAAGUAGUCGGAUAUAUAUUUGACUUCACAAUAUAUUUUACUACUUGUCAGCUUUAAUACUGUACAUUGUGUAUAUGUAUUAAUAUAGUGUUUAUUAAGUAUAUGUUGUACCUAAAGAUCGUUUUUUUUAGCAUUAGAAAUAAGGUAAACAAUCUUGAUGUGUCUUUUAAUUGAAAAACACAUUUUAAAAAUAAGUUACGGCAAAUAUGUAACAAUUAUGAAUGUAAUACGAUGAUUUAUAUUCGUCUGCUUUCAUAAGUAAUAGUUAUUGAUUUUUAAAAAGCGUUUUUCAAUUAAAAGACUUGUCAAGAUCGCUUACCUUCUUUCAAGUUCUUUCUAAUGCUAAAAAAACGAACUAUAGUUGAAGCUGUAGGUAGUUACUUUUUAGGUUAAGUAUAAUUUUGAGAAGUGUAUGUAGACUAAGGUCUUUGUGGCGAGGGCCAAUUAUUGUCUUAAUUUUAAGUACCGAUACUGUUAAGAAUAAAGUUAUUAUUCU